AUGGUUGUGAGGAUGACUAAAUGGAGGCCGUGGCCUCCGUUGUCUUCUAAGAAGUUUGAGGUGAAGAUCACGGUGAAAGAAUUACAAGGGCUUAAGGUUUUAGCUGAAAGGGUGGCUGGGAAGUCAAUGGUUGGUCCGGAUUGUUCUCGGUUGGCGGUUGAGAUUAAGUGGAAAGGAUCAAAGGGGAUUGCUUUGACCUCUCUGAGAAGAAGUGUCAAGAGGAAUUUCACAAAGGAAGAAUCUUUGAGAGAAGAUGGAGUUGUGGAAUGGAAUGAGGAGUUUCAAAGUGUUUGCAGUUUUGGUGUUGUUAAAGAUGCGGUGUAUCAUCCUUGGGAAGUGGUCUUCACUGUCUUCAAUGGUUCGAACGCAGGAGAAAAUGACAAGAUCCUUCUUGUUGCCAAAUCAUCCUUGAACCUUGCUGGUUUUGGUUCUACAGCUGACAAAGAUGUCGAAGUUAGCAUUCCAAUGGAAAAUUCCAAUUCUAAAGUUGCCUGCAAUGCUACACUCCUUUUAUCUCUGAGACUUCUGGAAAUGAAAUCUGCACAGGAUACUUCAGAAGUAUCCCACAGGCCAAUCCCAUGUCUACCUCUUUCACCCCUUCGGGAAUUUUCAUCUCCAGAAAAAGGCGAUCGUUCUCCAGCAAAGACAGGUUCGGGCAAAGUGAACAUUUUCAAGGGUUUAUCUGCUAGGAGAGUUAAGAAAGACGGACGAGAAGAGGAUGGAAGUGAUGGAAAGAGCUCAACCAAAAGUGAUGAUGCCGAAUAUGUGUAUCCUUUUGAUACAGACUCGGUUGAUGAUGAUACAGAUAAAGAAGAUGAAGCAACAGAUGGAAAAGCAUCUAAGAGUCGGAAGUCAGUCGGUUAUGAAACCCUAGCACAAGCAAACCAUGCUGGAGGAUUGUUUUACUGCAGCACAAGUGGCAGUGAAGAUGAGGACUGGAUCUAUUAUAACCAUCACAAAAUGGACACAGGGAAUUCGUGUUAUGAUAAUUCAGAUACAUCAGUUCCUAAAACUAAUCAAACCACAUUGAAUAGCCCCAUUGACAAGAUUCUCCCCUGGAGGAAAAGGAAAGUGAGCUUCAAAUCAUCGAAGGCCAAAGGAGAGCCACUGCUUAAAAGACAUUAUGGAGAUGAAGGUGGCGAUGACAUUGAUUUUGAUCGACGACAGCUAUGUUCUUCUGAAUCCAGUUUUGGGGUACUUAAAUCGGAGGAGGAUGCCAUUACAAGUAGAUCUUCAGUUUCUGAGUUUGGGGAUGACAAUUUUGCCGUUGGAAGUUGGGAGCAGAGGGAGAUACUUAGUCGUGAUGGCCAUCUGAAGUUGAAAACCAGUGUUUUCUUUGCUUCAAUUGAUCAAAGGAGCGAACGAGCAGCAGGUGAAGGAGCAUGCACAUCUCUGGUUGCUGUAAUUGCAGAUUGGUUUCAAAAUAAUCGUGGUGAAAUGCCAAUCAAGUCUCAAUUUGACAGCCUGAUCCGAGAAGGUUCACUGGAUUGGAGAAACCUGUGUGAAAAUGAGAGCUACCGAGAGCAAUUCCCUGACAAACAUUUUGACCUUGAGACAGUCCUUCAGGCUAAAGUCCAUUCCCUCUCAGUAGUUCCAGAGAAGUCUUUCGUAGGAUUCUUCCAUCCGGAAGGAAUAGAGGAUGGGGAAUUGGACUUCCUUCAAGGUGCCAUGUCUUUCGAUAACAUAUGGGAUGAGAUAUCUCAAGCCAUACCAAGCGACUGCAGUGCUGCUACGGACCCUUUAGUCUACAUUGUAAGCUGGAAUGAUCACUUCUUCAUCCUCAAGGUUGAGCAAGAUGCCUUCUACAUUGUUGACACCUUGGGGGAGAGGCUGUUUGAAGGAUGCAAUCAGGCCUUUAUCCUCAAAUUCGACAGAGAUACAACAAUUCAAGAAGUACCCAGCGAGACUCAAAAGUCAGAUGAUAAAGCUCCUAAAGAUGGUGGUGAGAAAGUGGAGGGAAAGGAUUUGAAAGAAGUGGUUGUUUCUGAAGAUCAAAUUGUUCUUGUGAACAAAGAAGAACCAACAAUUCUUUUCCAAGGCAAAGACACAUGCAAAGAGUAUAUCAAGAGCUUUUUGGCUGCUAUCCCAUUGAGGGAACUUCAAGUUGAUCUUAAAAAGGGUUUGCUGGCAUCGGUCCCUCUUCAUCAUCGGUUACAAAUUGAAUUCCACUAUACCAAGUUCUCACAGCCAUUGGUGGUUUCUGAUCCCGUGGAAGCUGUGAUUUCUAAUCCCAUGGAGGCAGUUGUUUAUACGACGGAGAGUUUGCCUGUGGCUGUAUAG